CCCUCCAGCUUGGUCUGCACAGCUUCCUGCCCCUGGCACUCUGGUCUGCGGCGCCAUGGCCCAAACCGUCCACCUCUCCUGCCUCCUGGCCCUAUUGGUGGCAGGUCUGGCUGAAGGCUUCAAUGGCUCCCCCGGGGGCCAGGACCCAGGGCCCCGGCCGCUGGAGCUGAAAGAGGUCUUCACGUUAUUCCAGAUCCAGUACAACCGGAGUUACUCGAGCCCAGCAGAGUAUGCUCACCGCCUGGACAUCUUUGCCCGCAACCUGGCUCAGGCUCAGCGACUGCAGGAGGACGACUUGGGCACGGCUGAGUUUGGGGUGUCCCCAUUCAGUGACCUCACAGAGGAGGAGUUUGGCCAGCUCUAUGGGCAUCGGAGGGCGGCUGCAGGGGCCCCCCACGUGGGCAGAAAGGUAGAGUCUGAAAAGUGGGAGAAGACAGUGCCCCAGACCUGUGACUGGCAGAAGGCAGCCGGUGUCAUCUCAUCCGUCAAGAACCAGGAAAUGUGUAACUGCUGCUGGGCCAUGGCGGCUGCGGGCAACAUUGAGGCCCUGUGGGCCAUCACAUACCAUCAGUCUGUGGAAGUCUCCAUACAGCAGCUGCUCGACUGUGACCGCUGUGGGAAUGGCUGCAAGGGUGGCUUCGUCUGGGACGCGUUCCUGACUGUUCUCAACAACAGUGGCCUGGCCAGUGAAAAGGACUAUCCAUUCCGGGGGGAUGCCAAACCCCACAGGUGCCAGGCCAAGAAGCCCAAGGUGGCCUGGAUCCAGGAUUUCAUCAGGCUGCCGGAGGACGAGCAGAAAAUCGCCGAGUACCUGGCCACCCAUGGCCCCAUCACCGUGACCAUCAACAUGAAGCUACUGCAGCAAUACCAAAAGGGUGUGAUCAAGGCCACGCCCACCACCUGUGACCCCCAGCAUUUGGAUCAUUCUGUCUUGCUGGUGGGUUUCGGUGGAGGCAAGUCAGUGGAGGGGAGGCGGCCAGGGGCAGUCUCAUCCCAGUCUCGUCCUCGCCGCUCCUCCUCAUACUGGAUCCUGAAGAACUCCUGGGGGGCCAAGUGGGGCGAGGAGGGCUAUUUCCGGCUACAUCGAGGGAGCAAUACAUGUGGCAUCACCAAGUACGCGCUCACUGCCCUAGUGGACCAACCACGUAAGAAGCGGCCAGUCUCCUGCCCUCCCUGAGCUCGCCUGGCUGCCCCUCAGCUCUUUCCUGCUGUGCCAGCUACCUCCUUGCUAGCCCCAUCCCAAGGUCUCGGCCUGUGCUCCCAAUCUUCUUGCUACAGAUUGAAUAAACCAAGACAAGAGCCCUGUC